AACGUCAUCAACACGCGUUCAUCCCCGUGUACUUGUGCUAGUUCAGGCACACGAAGAGGUAUUAUAUUGUAAAUACGGCUAAAUAAGUUUUAAAAAAUGCCUAUGAAAGGAAGAUUUCCGAUCCGGAGGACCAUUGAGUAUCUCCAGAAAGGCGAUAUAAUUUUCAAAAACAGAGUGAAGAUCAUGACUGUGAAUUACAACACACACGGACAGCUCAGCGACGGAGCAAGAAAGUUUGUUUUCUUCAAUAUUCCUCAGAUUCAGUACAAAAAUCCAUGGGUUCAAAUAAUGAUGUUCAAAAACAUGACACCGUCGUCGUUCUUGAAGUUCUAUCUGGAUGACGGGGAGCAAGUACUAGUGGAUGCUGAGGGGAAGGACCACAAACAAAUUGCACAUCAUGUUAAGAAGAUUUUGUGCAAAUCAGAAGACGUUUUACAAGCUGAAGCUCAAGCCAAGAUGCAGGCCUCUAACCCUGCUAAUUUUGGGCCAAAGAAGUACUGUCUGAGAGAGUGUAUCUGUGAGGUGGAUGGCCAGGUGCCAUGCCCGGGCACCACACCGCUACCUAAGGAGAUGACGGGCAAAUAUCGUGCGCGUAUGGCACAGGAACAGGAGUGACGGGCUGAGGCGACAGCAAAACUUUUUUUUUUUUUUUUUUUUAUGCCUCACUGGACAAUAUUAUUGUGUUUUGAUUAUUUUUUUUUAUAUGUAUAAAUAAAAAAAAGACUGGAGGACUGACUCUGCUCCCAGCAGCAACAAGCUACUAGCACAACCUUUUUUUUUUCUUCAAAUUCACACUUACAUAUCUAUUUUAUAUCAGUGUUGACCUGAAGGUGGAUACUGUAACAUUAACAUUAAAAUAAAAGCCAUAUUUACC